UCUAUUCCGUUUUUGUCUUCUCUUGUCUGCAGAUCUGCAGGGCAAUGGUCUCGCACAGUACAGCCGUGAAGGGGUUAAAGACUUCUCCCUGAUUUACACAGACACAGAUGAAGAUCAACUUCUGGUUGGCGCCAGAGAUACAUUAUUGCGACUAAGCCUGGACACAUUAUCAGAAAUAGAGAAAGCAGAGUGGAAGCCUAAUGAGAUAAACCAAGCCAUAUGCGAGAGCAAGGGCGAAUCACCAGAAGACUGCUGCAACUACAUCCGCGUUCUGCUUGUGCGCAAGAAUCAGGUGUUUGCAUGUGGAACCAAUGCUUUCAGCCCGCAGUGUACAUUCAGGGAGAAAAACAACCUUACAAAGAUUGUGGACCAGGUGUCCGGUAUCGCAAGAUGUCCCUACAACCCUCACCACAACACCACUGCCCUAUUCACAGAAGAUGGAGACCUCUAUACAGGGACCGUCAUGGACUUCAUGGCUAGAGACGCUGUGGUCUACAGGACCCUCGGUCCAUCGGCCCCUCUCAGAACGGCCCAACUCAACUCAAAGUGGCUCAACAAUCCCAACUUUGUAGCAUCCUACGAGAUUGGACCAUACGUGUACUUCUUCUUCCGUGAGACAGCCGUUGAAUUCAGCAACUGCGGACAGAUCAUCUACUCAAGAGUCGCCCGAGUAUGCAAGAGUGAUAAUGGAGGAAACUUCUUAUUGGAGGAGAACUGGACAACCUUCCGCAAGGCUCGUCUGAACUGCUCUAUCCCUGGCAAGAUUCCCUUCUCAUUCAAUGAAAUAGAAAGUACCUAUUAUGACAAUGAAACCGGGAUCAUCUACACAGUUUUCUCAACGCCAAGCAACAGCAUCCAUGGCUCAGCUGUCUGCGCAUUCACCUUGGAGGCAAUAAAUGAAGCCUUCUCGGGUCCAUUCACCUUUCAGCCCAACGCGGCAUCAGCGUGGAUCACCAAACCCAACUCAAGCCCAGAGGGUUGUAGUGAAGUGCAGAGCAGCCUGAUCAGACCUGGCCAGAUUGACCGAUACCUUGUGGAUGCCCAGAGGUAUCAGCUCAUGUACAAAUCUGUAGAACCGGUCAGCGGAAGACCUCUCUUUGUCCAUGGACAGAAAACAAGAUUGGAUAGGAUUGUCGUGGACACCGUGCAGGGAAGGGAUAAAGUCUACACCGUUAUCUUCGUCGGAACCGAGGAUGGAAAGAUCAAGAAGUUGGUGAACCUGGAGGGCAUGGACAAUGCCUGCAUUGUUGAAGAGCUCUGUGUCACACCUGAACACAAGUGUGACCCACUCAGGACAUUGAAAAUCAGCAAAAAGAAGAAUGCUCUCUAUGUUGGACUUCCAGAGGCUAUCGUCAAAGUGCCAGUCGAAAGGUGUCAUCAGUUCCCCACUCAAAUUGAGUGUGUGAAUGCCAGAGACCCAUACUGUGGAUGGCAUCAGCUUAGAUUAGAAUGCACUCCAUAUCCAGAAAAUCCUUUAGAUGUGGAGUUCUGGCUACAAGAGAUCACAGGAUGCCCAAUCAUGGAUAACGCAGUUGAUGGCAAGUUUGGUCAGUGGUCCAACUGGACCCAGUGCUCGGACCCACUAGGAGUGGAAGCCUGCAUGUGCCGCUACCGGGACUGCGACUCACCACAACCAGCGUGUGGGGGCACCACAUGCAUUGGGGAAUAUCAGCAAGUGAUCAACUGUACAGGUAGACCUAGUGGCCACAGCGGGCCAGGCACGGCGCUUGAGAAUUACAGGCCAGGUUUCUGGGGUGAAUGGAGUUUAUGGACAGAGUGCUCUGCUCCUUGUAAUGGAGGAAUCCAAUCUCGUGUUCGAGACUGUGUGAACGGGCAGGCCUGUGUGGGUGAUUCCACUCAAACACGGGAGUGCAACAAAGAGGCUUGCUCAGAGAUACGCAGACCGACUGACUGGACUCCUUGGUUGGUUCACAAUGUGUCUGAAGAUGGUCUACUUAUGCAACGCUUCAAGUACAUCUGUAGAGCUCAGGUACCCGAGAGGGACAUGGUAUCAGUCGGCAGGAUGAAAGGGCAGUUCAAGUUCUGUCCUUUCAGCAGUACCAACAAGAGAUGCUGGGGUGACAGUGAGAGCUUUGGUGGGUGGACCAUGUGGUCUCCAUGGUUACCAUGCAGCUCAUCAUGCGGCCAGGGUGUACAGGUCAGGCACCGUGCUUGUUUCCCUGAUAACGCUGAUUGUAACGGGCAGUACUACGAAAAACGAGAUUGCUUGACCUUUGUUCCCUGCCCAGUAAACGGAGGUUGGGGUUGCUGGGGUGAAUGGGGCGAGUGUUCAGCAAGCUGUGGUAAAGGUAUCAAGCAACGUUACCGUGAAUGUACCAGCCCUCUACCACUCAACGAAGGACAGGAUUGCGUAGGAAGGAACGUGGAGGAAGCCCCUUGUGAUGGAGUAGACUGUCUUAAACCAGAAGUAUUUGACUUACCCAACUGGCCCGGUAUAUCAGUCCGAACCGGUCAGCGUGACCCAUCAGGGGUAGCAGGAGGUGCUCCCAUUGAUACCAAUCUUGGCUGGAAGGUGUGGAGUAAAUGGUCCUCAUGUAGCCACAAGGGUCGUCGCCACAGGAGCAGAAAGUGUGAAAGUCCCAUGCCUCUUUACAAGCAAUGUAUGGGAUGCGUGAAGGAGAUCGACUGGUGUUAUGAAAAUGAGGAUACACCAGCCUCACCUUUCCAAGUUCCAGCCGUUCAGAGACUUCAAGCGACUCCUAACUGUUCCAACCAGGGUGAAUCCAUGGAACCACUCUACUUCUGCAUCGUGGCCAUCGUCGCCGCCGUCGCUGGUUCAAUCAUGUCUCUCUCAGUCUACAUCUCAUGGCAAAAGAACAACAAGAGGCGGGACGCGACCAAGCUCGACUACGACGAGGAGGAGGAUGACUUCGGAGACAUGGCGCAGUACUCCGACUCUGAAUACUCGUUCGAUGGCAGCGAAUCGUCGCCGGCGCAUAUCACCUCGAAUCCAACAGAACUGGAAAACGAGAGAUGAACCUGAAGAAUAUCUACAGACUCUUUUUGUAUUUUGAGAUCGAGUGUUAUCACGAGAUAUGCCAUAGUGGACUUUUUUCUUGUGCUGCAUCUCGAGAAGCAGUUAUCCUCUUUUGGAAGCAACUUCGAACCUCAAGAAACGAUGCGUGAUGGUAUUCUUGCACCUUAUUUAUAUAUACAUAUAUAUAUAUUCUAUUUUUCCCUUGUGAAGUUCAGCUGUAUUCAUUUGGUGUAUUGUCCUAUUUAUGAGUGUCAGUCACUGACAAGUUAAAGUAAGCUUAAACUGUGAAAUGGACGCAAACAUACUUGUAUUGCUUAUUUCUGUUGAUUGCUGAGGAGGAUUGUGGAGACUAUAUUCCAGUGGAAGAGAUGAAAGGACAUGUGGAAAUCAUCUAUGCAAAUUAAUGAGGACGGACAUCAAUGGAAUGACAAGAACUUGGAUAUCGAUCGAGAGAAACCGAUUCUGCAGGAGAAACAAGUUUGCAUCCUUUACUUUGAAUAUUGUUAAAACUAUUUAUAGUGUCACAUUUCAUAAAAGUAUGAACAAAAUUCAUUUAAAAAGCUCACACAGUCAAAAGUCAGCUGGUGGCACUAUGUAUGAAACAAGCAAUAAGCACUGUGGUUAUAUGUAGCUUUAAUUCUUGAUUAUUUUUUCUUCUGUUAUAUAUGAAAAAAUUGUAACAAUACACUGACAAAUAUGAAAAGAACAUUGUCGAUCAGAACAAAGAAAAGCUUCUUUAUGUUGUAUUCAUUAUGAUAUGCUUCUCAUUACAUUUUUGAUUUGUGAAAUUGUUAUAAUCUCCAUUGAUUAGCUUAAACAUAUGGCGUUAUAUGUUGUAUAUACAUUUUAUUUAUAUUAGCAAUAUCAUUAAUAUGCUGAUAUUGCAUGUAAUGUACAUUUAUGUUACCCAAAAUUGUGAGCACAGUUUUUGUUAGUAUCAUGAGUUGUUCAAUACAUGUUAUUGCAAGAGAUUACUUGUUGUUUAUUGUCUGAUUUUGCUUUUGUUGUUGACAUUUUCCCCUAAUUUCUGUGUUAAUUUGUUAGACUAGCAUUAUAUUGUGGGUUUGCCAGGCAACAUACCUUUGAACCUUCAUAAGAACAUUUGUGAAUUAAAAAACUUUGUACCAACUAUUUUCAAUAAUGCGAAUUGCAUUCUACAAAUAAAUUUGUCCACUAAAAUUGGUCUGCUUUGCGUAAUCUUGAAAAUACAUCUCGUUGUACACCAAUUAUCCCAAUUUUCAUUCCAAAAUCCAAUACUGCUUUUUGAUCUCUCAAAUUCAGUUCUUUAAAAAAUUCUUUUUAUUCAUGGCACUCUAUCAAGAUAUUUUACUUCAGUUGUAAUUUCAAAAUUCUUGUGCUAAAUGUACUGUAAUUUGAAUCUUUCACAGCAAUAAAGUUAUGCAGCUCAGCUCUUCACUUACAUUUAUUUCCCUUCCAUUAUAGACUUUGUAAAUUCUGCUUGAAUUACAACUUUUGAUGUUUUCAAUUUAAAUGUCAAAAGGCAAUGAUGCACAUGACAAAUCCACCCAUUUUUAAGGUUGAAAACAUGGUUACAUGUUAUUAUAGUUUCCGUAACAUAUAUUAAUUUUGAGGGAAAAAUGAAAUAAUAAAUCGUGAUUGUAUUAAAAUUGUGUACAAACCCAGACAGCUAUAUAUGGUAUUUAUAUUAUUGUAAUAUAUAUUGUAAUGAAUUGUAUAGGUUGCCUUGUAUUAAAUGCACAUAUCUUUGUACUAGGGUGAUUAUUAACGAGACUUUUAAACAUCACACAUUGUUUUGUCUCUAAAGAUGGAAUAUUUUUGUCAUUUUGUAUGUGUAUAUAAUUACAUGACACAGAUAUUGUGUUGAUAAAAGUCAGCUUUUAUGAAAUGUAUUGUAACCAUUUAAAAAGGUUGAUACUUGAGCUUAUAUUUCAGUUUGUGUAAUGAAAGGUACUUUAUCAGAACAAUCAUGUCAAACAUUUUUACAUCGAUAUAGACUGGGAAAUUAUGUGAAAUUCAUUUUAAAACUGCCUUUUUGAAAAAGCUUUCUCACUGCUGCUUUAACAAGUUCAUGCAUAAUGGUUUUGAAUUUUUUUUGUUCACUUGUAAGCAAAGCAACAGCAGUUUUAGAUGUUUUUAAAGGAAUAAUUUUGUCAGUUUUAAAAUAAAUUCCUUCAUAUUCUAUACUUUGAAUAAUUUUUUUUUUUGAGGGGGGGGGGGGGGGAGUAUUUUGCAACGCCUUUUCUUCAGGAGAUAAUUUUAUUUGUCUUUUUAAGGUCUUGUUUGAAAAGAGUCUCCUUUAACUUGUGAGAAAAGAAUUGUUUUUAUUUCAUUAAUCAACAUGAUGCUACUAGAAGUUGGAAGUUGCUUUUUACGUUGUUCAUAAUUUACAUUUCCCUUGUAUUCAAAUUAAAUUACUUAUGCAAAUGCGAAAAUGUCUUGUUCUUGUGUACCAGUAUUUUACCUCUUUUUAGUCAAUAAAAGUGAUAUGCUCUUCUA